GCUGUAGUGACUACACAGCCGUGUUUGUCUACCUGUGGUACACCAUGAAGCUUCUGGAAGUUGCCAUCCUUCUAACCUCCAUUGGAGGCAUCAUGGGGUUGCAGUGUUACACCUGCACCAAUGGAGCUGGUGCAGGUACCGACACCAGUGCCUGCGAUGACCCAUUCGAUACCAGCACCACUGAUCCUUACGUUCUGAAAACCACUUGCACAACUGGGUUCGAUACCUGUGCCAAAGCAACUCUAUCCAGUGGCGGAUCGAAUUUAGUGGCGAGAACGUGUUACUCCAGUCUUGUCUGCCCAGCUCAAAAUGGAUGCGCCUCGGGCGACUAUGGCGGCCAAUCCGCCACAGUCUGCUGCUGCAGCGGCAGUCUGUGCAACGGAGUUGGGUCGUUGGCCGCAAACGUCAUCGCUACUGUCGCCAUCAUCUUCAUGGCAAUGCUUCUCGCUCGCUAGGAGCUAGACGAGUAAGAACGAGACGCUAGACACUUAGUUUAGCUUGGCACUGCAUUCUACCUCCACAUUUUUGAAGUUAUUUCUGAAUAACGAACGCGCAUCGAUAACCUGGGAAAUUUAUCCUACAGAAAAUUUGGAAAAAGAAAAAAGUAAAAUCAUUCAGAAAAAACAGUGCGAGCCUCACUUUGACAUCCAACGUUCCUGCCCCCCCAGUUGAGCAUCCUAGCUUCGCCUGUGGUAUAUACAUGUACAUUAUAUACCAGAACCACACUGAAUUGUCUAAAUUGCGGUUGCUCGGUUUAAAAAAAUCGACGGCUAUACCAGCCCCAUAAUAAUGGAAAUCGAGAAAAGAAAUCCAAUGAUGAGAAAUGUUAGAGUUUGAGCCAAUUUGAAAUUUAUUCAUUGAAAAACCACUCUUCAGAAUGUAUACUUGAUUGAAACCUCAGUUUAACAGUUGUGCAAACCAGUAGCGAAAUGGUCCUGCGAAUUGUAAUUUCAUUUGUGGAGUACAAAUAUGUCAAAGCCAAGUUCUGUUAUUGAAGUACAUAGACUAGCACGGUUAAGGUACACAGAUUGUGGCAAAGACUACAGGGUUUUUUUGUUGAUCGUUCAUACUUUCUAAAGAUUGAGUAUUAAAUACUAUGACGUCUUGAAUACAUAAAAACGAUCUGAUAUUCAUGAUGUAAUACAUUCAUACAGCAACCGAUAGGUGGCACAGCCGCCUAUAUUUUGACUUAAA